GAAGAAAACAAGGAAAAAUAAUGGUGUUGCAUCUGCAGCGUUCCUAAUGUACUUUCUGUUGUAAACAGAGAGGAAAGAAUCAGCAAAAAGCAACAGGAAUUUUACAUCCAAACAGAGAUCGGUAGAAGGACAAUGUAAGGCAGACCUCUCCGGAAGGGGCGAAACUGAGUUCAUUAUUCGGUUCAUUUUUCUCAACUGAGACAUCGUCAGCAGACAGAGCAGAGAACAUAACCUGAAAUGGCUUAUCAGCAUGGUCGAAAAUCUAUCAGAGAGGCAUAUGAAGAGCGCUUUGCCACAACGGAUGCGAGAGAGGUAAUAGUUCAUCGAGUUGUCAAUAUUAUUGACAAGAGGAACCCUAUGCCACGCCCGGGGUUGGAAUUUGACAGAGGAUAUGAGGACCAGCGGUACGGAGGCCCUCGCAACUACCAGAGUGGAAGAGGAUAUCACAGCGAAGACGGUUAUCAACCUGAUGACAGUCAGUACUAUGACGAAAACCUAAACUAUGGCAGCUAUCGGAGAAAUUCUCCACCACAUCGAAAUGAAGGCUCAUACCCCCAACAGAGUUACAGCAGAGAUGACUUGAGGCAUCAGUUAAGCUCAAGGAACAGGAGCAGAGGUCACAAUCUCCCAAAGAGAGGUCAAGGGAGUGGUCCUCCUCCAAGGGAGGAUUAUGAGGACUACAGGUCCUCUAAAUCCUUGGUCAUCACUCGAGAGCGCUCACCUGGAAGGAGGGAAGGCCAUCCACCCAUCCGAUCCGGAUCCAACACCAACAGGAGCUCCUCUCCCGACAGGGACAAAGGCUACACAUACCAGCAGAAACACAAGUCCAACACAACAAAGAGCUACACUCCCAGCAGCUCUGUAGAGGGCUCUCCUCACCGCUCACUCUCUGCUAAGGAAAAACCAUCAGCAUCUGCAGCAGAGACAGAGGAGGUCGCGGCUGCCAGCACGGAGCCAAAGCUGAUGCCAGAGGAGGACUUAAAGGCACGUCGAUCGGAGGCCAUUAAGGCUAAAGUUGCCGAAAUUGAGAAGAAUUACAGGCAGGACUGUGAAACAUUCCGCACAGUAGUGAAGAUGCUGGUAGACAAGGAGCCCAGUUUGGAUGGUCUGCUGCAAGCUCCGCUGGACAAGAACUUGUCGGAGAUCCGGCAACACUGCCUAGAUGCCAUUAAAAGCUUCGUGGUGGAGCUGGACGAAAUCUUGGCACAGCCGGACGCGACAGCCUGACAUGGUCAUGACAGACUGCUAAAAAUGACAAUGUAAGGUUACUUGGACAUGAGCUGGAAAUCUGAGGACUAAAAAAAAAAAUCUAAUCUUUUAUUCAAAUGUUUUGCAAAUAUUCUGUUUAUCAUAAUUCUACAGAUGGAAAGUUUUGUAAAUGACUAAAAAUGUUACAGUGAAGUACAUACAGUAUUAUUGAGUUAAAAGACAACCAAAUGUAAAAAAAAAAAUUUUUUAGCAAAUCAUAUCCAUACCAACUUUGAACUUUUACUUGCAUUUGUACCGUGAAUUAUGUUACCAAAACUACUUGAGAUGAAAUAACAUUCAGGUUCUAGCAGAACUUCUUAAUGAUGUAUUAUAAUAAUUUUUAGGAGUUGUUUUUUUUUUCCUUUUUUUUUGCUUGUUCCGCUGUAAGUGCAAUUAACUUCAAUAACUAGGGUACAACUUUAUUGCUGCUUCCAAUGUGAGCAUACUUUAGUGUUCAUGUGUUUUUGUUUCAUUCUGAAUUGAAGUUGAGUUUCUUCUUUUUGUUUCAAAUUCAUAACUUUUGAAAUAAACAAAUCCCCCUUUCCUUUA